GACCCAGCCAGGCCGAGGCUGUCGUUCGUAAGGACUGUAUUGCUCUGAUCUUGUGCAAGAAGUAGCAACCAUAUCGUAUCCGGCCAGAUCCUCCUGAUCGUAGUCAUCUCCAGCAGCAGUCUACAUUCGACAAACUACUCUUCAGAAGCUCAGAAAACCAUCUUCUGAUAUCAUGUCCAGACUUCAAGAUAGCACGCUAGAGAGGCAGAACGACUCAGAGCUGAAUCAGUUACAUGGAAAGAUCAAAUCUCUGCGGCAUGUCACGAUUGAUAUCCUGUCUGACAGUCAGAGACAGAACGAGCAGCUUGAUCGAACUUCCUCGUCAUUCACACAACUCGGCUCCAACCUCCUUCAAACUACCCGCCAACAAGCUCGAACGUUCUCCCAGCAAUCACCAGCUCGACAACUCCGGACGAUUGGGUACAUCGUCGCGGGUCUGAUCGUCCUCUGGCUCUUGGCUGGAUGGUGGUUACGGAGUGGGAGUGGAGGAAAGCCGGGAAAUACGACGGGCAUGGGGGAAGAUGGGCAGUCGUUACGGUGACCUAGCUUCUUUUGGCGGGUGAUCGUACGCUGAAGGUAGGGAUCAACAAGUCGGCUGGAUUCAAUGGGGUUUGUUGUAUAUCUCGGC